UGCUGAAAGCAUGGUUCAUUUUGGACAUUUUGAUCCCACACAUUUCUUUGCUUAUGUCACUAGAAAAGACCGAUACCUCCACCUGUGCUGGAGUAGAAGGAGGCUGUACUGCAGUAAUGCUUUACGAUGAAACCAAAGUACCGCACUUCCAUAAGGAUAGACGUGAAUUUAAAUUCGGCGAGAUUCAUUUAUUUAUACGUCAGAAGUGGAGCCAAGGUGGUGUGGCUGCUGUAGUAUGGGAUGCGGCAGUUGUUCUUGCUGAGUACCUUGAUAAAAAUCCAGAUGUAGUCAAAGGCAAGCUUGUUCUAGAACUGGGAGCUGGUACUGGACUAGCUGGCAUUGUGGCAGCAAUGUUAGGUGGACACCUCACACUUACAGACAGAGCAAAGGUACUGGAAUAUAUUCAAGAAAAUGUUGAAUUGAACAUAAAAUCUUUGACAACUGUGCCAAAAGUAACAGAGUUGGACUGGGGAAAGAACUUGUUUCAGUUUUCUGAUCCUUUUGAUGUCAUACUAGGUGCUGAUAUAAUUUAUAUAGAAGACACUUUCCAAGAUCUGCUGGAAACUUUAAAGCAUUUGUGCAAUAGAAACUGUUUGGUGCUUUUAUCAUGUAAAAUAAGGUAUGACAGAGACACCAGGUUUCUCUCUAUGAUGAAGGAAUUCUUCCAUAUAAAUGACAUAUAUUAUGACUCAAACAAAGAUGUCCAUAUAUAUGAAGCACGUAAACAGUAGCAAAGAUUAAUAAAGGUAAAAUUUAUUUUGAUCA